UUGAAUUCACUUGUAUUUUAUGCGACUAGGUACUAAACGCCUGGAUUUUCAUUGAGGGAAGGCAGCCAUGUCUUCCCUGGAGAAGCUGGUGCGUGCGCUGGAGCUGCUGCGCACCUCCGAUUCGGCGGCGGGAGGCGCCACCACCCCCAGCUCGCCGGUGGAGGCCUCCCUGCGCUCCAGUCUGGCCGACCUGAAGCCGACCUCUCUGCUCUUCAGGCAGCGGGAGGCGGCGCUGAGCAGUCGCGAGAAGAAGCAGUGCUGCUGCCACCUGGCGGAGGGCGUGGUGAGCGCCGCCCAGCGGCCCAGCCCUGACCAGCUGCAGCGCCACCUGCCGGCAGUCGUCGAGACGCUGCUCCAGCUGGCCGACGACGCGGACGCCGACGUGCGCACGGCUGCCGACGAGAGCCUCAACAGGAUCGUCAGGGGCCUCUCGGAGAACAACAUCGGUCGGCUGCUGGUGGAGCUGUACAAGGGGAUCAAACAGGGCCACAGUCCGCGCUCGGUGGCCGCCGCGCUCACGCGGUUCGCAGAGCUCUCCAACCGAAUACGACCGCAGAAGCGGCGUGCGUACGUGGUCAACCUGUUCCCGUGUAUCCUGCGCCUGACGCAGCGGGCCGAGCUGGCCGUGCAGGAGAGUCUGUCGGCAGCCCUCGUCAAAAUGGCGCCCGUGCUCGGCGUGUUCUUCACUGACGGCGAGACCAAGGCGGUGCUGCAGGCGUUCCUGCCUAACCUGGAGCACAGCCAGGCCCCGCUGCGGCGGGCCGCCAGCGCCGCCAUGGUGGCACUAGUGUCUCAGUGCCGAAAACCGGAGACGUUCCUACCCUGGCUGCUCUCGACGCUACUAGACUGGCUGGUGCCGCUGCGUCCCCCGGAGUCGGAGUCGGCCGGCCGGGUGCUCGGAGUACUCCUCUGUCUCCGCGACAUCACACCGCUGCUCGAGGAGCUCUGUGACGGCGUCAGUCUGGAGCGGCUGCUGCAGCUAUACGAGCUGCUGCUGCACCUGACACAGCACGCCAACCACAACGUGGUGACGUCAGCUCUGGACGCGCUGUGUCAGCUGCUGCGCGCGCCGCCCGCCGAGCUGCUGGCGGCGCUGAUCACGGAGGGAGCUCUGGAGCGGAGCAGGCUCCAGCCGGACGCGGCGCCGGCCGUCGGAAAGGCCAACAGUGUGCUCAGCGUGGCGCCGUCUCUGGCUGGCGAGGAGGCUGAUCUGGCCGAUACCGACUCGCUGCUCUGGCCGGCGGAGGACCCCGGUCAGGACGAGCGGGGCGCGGAGACGCCGCCCCCGCCACCGCCUCCGCCACCGCCGGUGGCUCCGGCUGAGAUAGAGGAGCCGCCGCUGCGCGUGGCUACGCCCCCUGCCGAUGACGUCAUCGAUCCGUUGCGGUACGACAUCACGUGUACUGACGAGACUGCCGACACUGCCUCUGGGGACACACAGGGCUCGGUGGCCGGCGACAUCGGGUCGCUGACGGACGGAGGGAUCCCUCUCAUCUACUGCUGUCGGCUGCUCGUCUCGCGGUACCUGCUCACCGGCGUACCCAAAGGCAUCAGGGGUGACCGAGAGGUGCGUGUCAGCAUCAAGGUGCUGUGUGUGACCUGUAUCAGCGCGGCCGUGUCACUGGCGCCCGACAUACUGUCACUGCCACUGCUAAUCGACAAAGAUCCUGAAUCAGCCGAGUGCCAGUACCUGUGGGACGUGCUGCUGUUUGUGGAUGACGCCGACCCGCAGCUGCGCGGCGCCGUCUCCCUGCUAAUCGGCACUUACCUGCGCGCCGCGGCGCUGCAGCCAGCCACCCAGGGAGACGGCACCGAGCGGCCGGCGCCGCUGAGAGCCAGGACACUGCUCGACCACCUGCAGCAGGUCCUAUUAGACAGCAGUCACGUGUCGAGUCGUCAGGCGCUGGAGGGGCUCGGCCAGUGUCUGGAGCCGCUGCUGAAGGCACCCGAGUGUGAGCUGCUUCUGCCGCUGCUGUCUGCGCUGCUCCGGCUGGCCGAUCACUCCUACUGGCUCGUCAAGGUGGACCUGUGCUCGCUGGUAUCAGCGCUGCCGCUGCCGGAGCUGGAGCUGCUCUGGCGCUGGGGAGCUGCCGACGACAGCAGCUACCAGCAGCUGCUGCUGGACGACCUGCUGCUCCGGCUGCUGGAGGACGUCGACCAGCGCGUCCAGCAGGCGGCAGCCACCGCCAUCGUCAGUUACGUACAGCGAGUGCCGGUCUCCGCCGAGCCGGACGGCUGGGUGUCGGAGGCGGCCGGCCGGCAGCGCUCGGCCCUGCUGCCGCCGCCGCAGCCCUGGGGUACCGGUCUCCGUGUCACCGGUCCCGGCCGGGGGGCCGUGCCGCCCUUCAGUGAGGCUGGUGGACCGGCCCGGCCCGAGCUGGGCGCGGCGCUCUCACUGGUGGUCGGCAAACUGAUCAGCACUCUAAUGAUGACCGACUCGAAACACAUGGUGUCGGGAACGGUUCUGGCGCUCAGGGCUCUCAUGGACAAGAUGCCGGCCACUGUAUACCCGGAGGCCUGGCAGGUCAACCACAAACGGUACCGCCGCGGUCUGUACCAGCUGUGCGUUUCCAUGGUUACGUCCACACAGCUGAUGCACGACCUGGCCACACACAACAACCUGGUGCACCUGGCCGCCAGCCUCGCCGCCGGGAUCUGUGUUCGCCAGCAGCGAGCCCGUCCAUCCCAGAGCCGGGAGGAGCGGCUGCGGGCCAACUGGGACCUGCUCGAGCCGCUGGUGACCCACGUGAUGCGUGUGAUGAACAUCUACAGCCACCUGGUCGGCGACACGCAGCCCACCACGCCGCAGAACAAGUCGAGUCUGCCCAGUUUUCCGACGGCCAGCUCGCUGUCGCCGAUCAAAAAGCGCAGCACCCCGGAGCGGUCCAAGUCUGCCACGUCUACCACCACUACCUCCACGGCAGCGUCUUCCACGCCCGCACCGGCUCCCGCCUCUGCCGCCUCCGACCGAGCUGGUUCACAAGAGCGGGAAGAGAAGGAGGCGGACAAAAAGGUCCGGCAGGCUGUUGGGUUCUUCAUGUCAUCUUCUGAGUACCAGAAACUGUACUCGAUGCUCAAAACCAUUUACGAGACAUUCAAGAUCACGCUGAACGCCCAGAGCUCUGAGAAGCUGCUGGGCGUGCUGUCGGGCUGUCUGACGGCGCUGGGCAUCCUGCUCGAGCUGGUUGGCACGGCCCAGGUGGCACCGCUGGCUGAGGAGCUGCUCGGAUACGUCACCGGGCUGAUUCGACUGGCACCGGCGCUGGCGCUGCACUGCGUGCUACAGCUGCUGCGCGCCAUGUUCGGCUCUGCGGACGCUGCUCGACCGUCGGGCUCGGCUGGUCACCUGUCGCGGGACGCCAGCACGACGUCGUGCGCGGCGGACGACGAGCCGGGCCUGUACCAGGCGUGUGUGAACGGGCCGUACGCCGAGCUGGCCGCGUUUGUGGCCACCUCCCGGCGACUGACGGCGACCAACGAGGAGGGCACCUCUCCGUCGCCACGGCCGGAGUACGACAGUCGCCGGCCGGGACUCAGUUCCGGACGCAGUACCGACAAACAGGCACUGGCCUCCUAUAUCCGCGUCUUCGAGCCGUCCGUCAUCAAGGCGCUCAAGCUGUACACUGUGACGAGCGACCCAGAGGUGCAGAGUCAGGUACUCUGGCUGCUCAUUCAGCUAGUCCAGCUGCGAGUCAACUACUGUCUGCUCGACUCGGACCAGAUCUUCAUCGGCUACGUCAUCAAACAGCUGGAGUACGUCGAGGAGGGACAGAUGAAGGAGGGUAACCAGGUGAUCCCUGCCAUCUUCCGGUUUCUGGUGGCAUUGUCCUACGAGCGCUACCACUCCAAGACGAUCGUCUCCAUACCCAAGGUCAUCCAGCUGUGCGAUGGCCUCAUAGCCAGCGGUCAGCCGCCGGAGACUUACGCGCUGCCUGCACUCCGUCCCAUCGUCGAGGACCUGUUCGUAUCGGCUCGGCCGUCGGUGCAGGACGCCAAGGAGCUGGAGGCGCAGAAGGAGGUGCUGCUCAGCAUGCUGCUGCGACUGAUCCAGUACCCGGAGGUUCUGGAGCUGGUGUCUCUGGCCGUGUGUGAGUCCCGCCGGGACGGUGAGGAGCGCUGGCGGCUCGCCUCGCGCGCCGUCCUGGACGCCCUGCUGCCGCCGCUGCUGCAGCUGCACGUACGACUCGACUCGCCCGAGGCGCUGGCGGCGCUCCACCGGCUGCUGGCGGCGCUGUGCCCGCGCGCCCUCCGGCCCGCCGAGGACCUGCUGUCGGGCCUGCUGAGACACCCGGUCGGCGUGGUGAGUGGGGAAGGGCUGAGUCCUGUCGGUUCAAUUCAUGACUUCGGUUUGCUUUGA